GUAACAACGGUAGCCCGACAGCGUUUACUGUCCCAUUUCUUACAGAGGUGACCAACUACGACUUAUUGAACACCGUGAUUCGAGAGAAACAGAACUGGUUUGAUAAGAUAUUUGCCUUUCAUCCGGUGUUUAAAGUAGCGGGGCAUUUGUCACAUCUAUUGGACAACAGCCUUGAUAAAAAUAUUCUUCUUGAAUUUGGAGACCCCAUAGUAGGAACUAGAAAAUUCAACAGGUACUUUGUCUUACAAAUACAAGGAGAGCGGAAACAUGUGAAGAAGCACGUUGAGAUUCGAUUGGAAAAUUGCGAAAUUAGUGAAUUGAGGUCUCAUCCAAAACAAGGAGAUAUCAUUCUGAACAUGAACAUAGCAGAUCUGAGCGAGCAGCGUCACCUAUAUGUGAUUGACAGAGUGUUCACUGUUGGGCGCAUCUACAUCAAAGUGGUUAUAGACAAUGAGGAGUGUGACCUCAGGCUAAGUGGCAGAAUCCCAAUAGGUUUUAUGUAUCAGAAGUACUCCCUUGGCCGACAAGGUGUAUUAGGUCCCCGGGAAAUGUCAUCCUUCAAGCACCACAAGAACGCCAAGUGGAUCAGAAAAGCCGCAUUUUGCGAAUGGAAAGAUUCAACGCCGGGGACUAGCGACAUCUUUAAAUGAAAAAUAAAUAUAUUGUCAUCCUUAUGAUGCGUCUAUAAUGAUUCAAUAAACAAUAUGAUAAAAUGCAAUAGAGCGAUGCAAUUAUGCGCAAUACGGGUAACUUGUAACUUGUGUAGCUUGUUUAUUCAACCGGAGUGAAGAUAUCAAAAA